GUUAAUAGUUAUCACUGACGAAACAUAUGUCUGUAUUUUCUUGUCUCGUCUUGGUCUUGCGAACCAUGUCUUAAACUCUGAAGCAACAAUUUAAUAUAAUUGGACGCUUUGUCUAUAUGUGGUCAUUUUUAAGCAUGCCGAGUAUUUGAAAGGAUUUUGCAAUCAAAAGUGAUAUCUAUUGACGUAUUCAGCACAUAAGCGGUUGAUAAUCGUAUUUUGGGUAAAAAAAAAAUAAAAUAGAAAUUUUUCAAAUUUCCAAAAUUCAAUUGAUUUUUUUACGUUUGUGUUUUAAAAAAAUGUAAAUAGUAUAAUAAUACAAUCAUAACAUUCAAUUAGUACUUAUUUAUUCAACUCAUAAUUUAGUGUAACAAAAGUCCUGCCAUCAAUUCAUGUUAACUGAAAACACAAGGCCAUCAACAACUUCAUACAAGUAAUAGUCAUGGCUAAGUGGUUGGAUUCAGACGAUCUACUUCCAUACGACAACCAAGUUGGAGGUCAUAAAUUUACUAAAGAAAAACCAUUAUUAGGUUUAUUGAAACAUAAAGAAGGUUACAUAUUGAAAUCAGUAGAAGGUGGUACCAAAGGAAAGAAUGAAGUACGAUUUUAUGAAGAAUUAUUAAAAAAUGAAAGCCUAAUUAAUCUCAGAAAGUUAGUUCCAUUAUAUUAUGGUACUGUUGCUGUUCAAAUAAAUUCUUUAGACAUGACAUUCAUUGUUUUGGAUGAUAUUACCACGGGCAUGAAAAAACCGUGUGUUAUGGAUGUAAAAAUUGGUUCACAGACGUGGGAACCAGGAUGUUCAGAAAAAAAAAAAAAUGAUGAAAAUGCCAAAUAUACAGAAUGUAAAGAGCAAUGGAGUUUUUGUAUACCAGGUUUUCAAGUGUAUGAUUUAUUAAAUUCCAAUGUGGCACAGCCACAGAAAUAUGAUAAAGAAUUUGGAAAAAGUUUAGAUCCAGGAAAAGUUAUCUCUGUGUUCGAGACAUUUUUAAACUUUAACAGCGGAUAUCUAGGUCUAGAAAAACUAGUUCAAAGCUUUACAGCCCAAUUGGAUCACAUAAGACGAUACUUCCAAACUCAAAAACAUUACCAUUUUUAUUCUAGUUCGGUACUGUUAGCAUAUGAUGCAGAAACAUUAAAAAAUGACAAAAGCACUUAUCCUUUGAUAAGAGUUUCAUUAAUAGAUUUUGCACAUGUAACUCCAGCUGAUGGUAAAAUUGAUUUAAACUAUUUACAAGGUAUUACUAAUUUAUGGACAUUGUUCCGAACACAAUUGUUACACAACAAUUAAUAUGAAUCUCUUCUUCAAUUGUUGGUGCCCAAUACUUAUUAAAUUAAUAUUUUUUUAGUUUUAAUGUUUAGCUUUACUUAUCUUAUUUUGUUCAUUAUUCUUAUUGUUUAUUAAUUUUGUCGACAACCAAAAGUAUAAAUAAAUUAUAUUUUAUUUAACAUCUAAAACCCAUACACUAUCAUACAAUAGUAAUUUUACUUUCUUUUCUAAUAGUGUAUUUAUUUAAGAUAAAAUGUAUAGAUUUUAAAUACAAUUUGUGUACCUUAAUAUAUAUUA